UCUUCCCCCGUAUCUCUCGAUUCCUCCGUCCUCAUGGAUCCCUCCCACUACAGUACGGGAGCUCCGCCGUGUCCGGGAGCUCCGCCGUAUCCGCCGGCAGGCCCGGCACCCACCUACCCUCCCUACUACGCGGCCACCUACCCUUCCUACUACGGGGCACCGUUGCCGUCGGUGGGCGUCCCGGUGACUGCGCCACUGGCCACUUUCUACGUCGUCCAAACUCCUCAGCCGAUAGGUCCGUGGUCCACCGGCCUCCUCGACUGCUGCGACGAUCCCAGCAACAGCCUCAUCACCUUCUGCUGCCCCUGCGUCACGUUCGGCCAAGUCGCAGAAAUCAUCGAUAGAGGAUCAACUUCGUGUGCGGCGAGCGGAGCGCUGUACGUGCUGAUAAUGUACCUGACGGGGUGCCACUUCGUGUACUCGUGCUUCUACCGCAGCAAGAUGAGGGCGCAGUACGGACUGAGCGGGGAUUCCUUCGUCGACUUCCUGCUCCACCUCUUCUGCGAAUUCUGCUCCCUCUGCCAGAUGUACCGUGAGCUCCAACGCCGUGGCUUCGACAUGAACAUAGGUUGGCACGCGAACGUGGAAAGGCAGGGGCAAAUAAUAAUGGCGACGAUGCCACCGCCUCCCCAAGCCAUGACCCGCUGAUCAGUAUUGUCUUUAAAAUGAUUCUUCCAACACUUGUGCUGUCCAAACUUUCAUUCAUUGAUAAUUGGCAUUUUCCCAAAAUUAC